AGAUCUAGCCGAAAAUAAGCCAAACUGGCAGCACGAUGUCUUGCAACAGGGGUCACAAAAUUGACUGGAAGCCGGAGCAUGUAACCCAUUUGCUGCAGCUGCUGAAGCAGCAUCCGAAUAUCUACGACCAAGGACACAUCUUCUACCUGGACAAAAAAGCGCGGGACGAGUCCAUGGCAAAGAUUCUGACACCACUGCAAGCCAAGUUGCCCAAUUUGACUGUGGAGGACAUCAAGGUGAAGUACGGUGCCCUGCGGAGUCAUUAUGUAUUGCUGAGCCGGCAGAUCGCCUCGGAAACGGGUGCCGGCAAGCAUAUGAAGGUGCCCUAUUGGUACAACCACAUGGACUUCCUGAGGACGCAUCUUAAUGGAGCUGGUCAUCGCAACGGCGAUGAGUCGACGGACCAGAGCGUUGGCAAGAGAUUAAGGCUGGACAAAAACCUAAUGGCCCUAGACUCCAUUCUGGGCGCCAGGGAGAAUAAUGCGGAGCUACCCCUCUCCGAAGGCAGUUCCGAGGACGAUGAACUGAGUCAUCUUAGCUAUCCUCCUCAUCGCCGCAAGUGUGCCCCAAAGUCGAAGGAGGAGCGUUCGCCGUAUGAAGCCAUAUUGCAUAUUGCCAUAGAUGCCGCCGAGAGAUUGGCGAGCCGACAGAACUACUCGCCCGAUGUGGAGGCCUUUGGUGAACUAAUAAAGGCCGAACUGGAAUCUCUGCAGGAUCUCGAUCAGCGAAAGAAGCUGCGGAAUAAGCUGAUGCAGGUAAUAAUUGAGAGCUCAAGGGAAGAGAAUUAGCACUUGGUUCGAACAUUUAAAAGAUAUUUGAGCAAAAUUGUCGCCUCCAUUAACUCUGGUAAAAUGAUAACUUAUAAACAAACUCUUAACAAUAUCUUGAAUACAACUAUAAACAUUUUAAAUAUAAAAUAAAUAUAAAUUUUGUAUACACAUUUUAAAA